AUGUCUCGUCCUCUAUUCAAUCGGAAUGGUAGCUGGGAUCCUCUCCAGGACUGGCCAAAGUCAAGCAUUUUAAAUUGGUGCAGGGGAGCACCUUUUUUCCUUGAACUAGAUGAUAGUAGCUGGUUAAAGACAGCUAGGAAAACACUAGAAACCUCUUCCUGGCCUGGAUUUCGAUCACUUUCUUUGGUAACUCCGGUUUGUCCAGAAGUCCCCCAUUCAUCCAGAGAUGGACAUGUUGAAUGUGAUCCAAAGACCUGGAGAAUUUCUUUAGAUGUCAGUACUUUUUGUCCAGAGGAAAUUGGUGUCAAAAUCAAUGCAGGCUACUUGGAAGUAGUAGGUAAACAUGAGGAAAGGCACUAUAACCAAGGGGCCACUUCCAGGACUUUUACAAGGAAGUACAAGCUACCUACAGAUGUUGACCAGCAAAAGAUGAAUUCUUCCCUUUCUCCAGAAGGGGUUCUCUUAAUUGAGGUACCUGUUGGUGCAUCUUACAACAGAUGUCCUGGGGAGACUGUUAUCCCAGUACAGAUGAAGGAAAAACAUUAG